AUGGAUCACAAAAUCACCGUGAAUAUUUCCAAAGACCCCAUCCAGGAAGUCCAGGAUCGAUAUGGUACACCAGGACGGUUAACGUUCUUUCGUGGCAAGGGAGGCCUCGAAAUGGUGCUCCUGCAGACCGCUGACGGUGCCUGCGCGGAAGUCAGUUUCUUUGGUGCGCAGGUGUUGUCGUGGCAACCUCCGUCAUGCACCCGCUCUCUGCUCUUUGUCUCCAAAGAGGCCAUCUUCGAUCGCAGACGUGCCAUUCGAGGCGGUAUACCCGUUUGCUGGCCGCAGUUCAGUACGUACGGUGCACUCGCUCAGCAACAUGGCUAUGCGCGAAACAUGAGCUGGGAGCUCGUCCACGCGGAUGGCGAUCAUCCGGAAGGUCCCCUGGUUGUGUUCCAGUUACCGACAGUUACGCCGGCCGCACUAGCGAAGAUGAUGGGGUCAAGCUAUGCGAAUGCAAUAGAUGGUGCUGCUUCUGCUUCUGCGGCCGAUGUCCACGGAGCAGGCACAGCCGGUGCACCGAGUAGCAGCCACCAGCGCGACACCGGAGACGCGCACCACACCGAAUCAACGGCAAUGAGUUCCAAGCCGAUGCAGACGCCCUCUCGUCUACAAACACCGAUCAUGACGGAGCAAACGACCAAUGGAACCGAUGCGAUACCGGCUGUGGAGGACAACUCGGGAGCGCAACCGCGCUCAGCACGAGGAGCCGAAGGAGCAGUGGCACCGCCACCGGAUACGAGUGCCGCGGCUCGAUAUGCACCAGCAUCUUCCGCGGUUCCAGAGGGAGCUACGGAAACCAUUCUACCCGCCAAUGCAGUCCCUCGGAGUACAAGCACGAUCUUCGAAACCGAGCUUCAGCAUGCGCAAGUGCUCAUGAUGGUGCAACUAGGCGCAGCGCUCGGAGACCUGCGUCUGAGAAUGUCCGUCUCUAAUCGGGCACCGAACGAGUCGGAGACGCUCGAGUUCACCACAGCGCUACAUUCGUAUCUGCGUGUGAAUUCUCUGACACAGGUUCGUGUCCUGGGACUCUCCGGUUGCGAGUACGUCGAUAGGAUGCGACCGCAGGGCAUGAUAAUCGAUUCGGAGCCAGUUCUCAUGUUUCGCGACCACGAAGUGGAUCGCAUCUAUCGACGACAACCAGGGAGCAGUAACGCAAUCCGUAUUGAGCAUGUGAACGCCCAGAAAGGUACGGUGGUUGUGGAGGCUAGCACAGACGAUUUUCCCGAGGUUGUCGUUUGGAAUCCGGGGCCCCAGAAAAGCCACGACCUCGUGGAUCUCGACGACCGCGAAUGGAUGUUCAUGCUCUGUAUCGAGCCUGCAGUGGUUUUGGAGCCAGUGCGGCUCGCCCAGAACGAACGCUGGUGUGGCCACGUGAGGUUUACGUACCUCGCGGGAUCCAGUGAUAUCGCAAGCGCUGCCAAGGCCUCCGGCACGUGA